CGAGAACAGGGCUGGCGAAUCCUCGACCAUGCACUGAGUUUAUAGUCAGCCCAAAGUCAGCCGGGGCAUCUGCCUCGUUCCCUUCCUCGUGCCCGUAUGUAGGCAUUUGCCAUCCCACGUUGCAGGUCAGCUCGAAGCCAUUCUGGAUCUCCACACCGCUCGGAGGACAUGCACCCAGCCUCGUGUUUGCGCUUUUUCUGCAGGCACCGGGCAGACAAAAGUCUUUAUCAAACCUCGAUCGCUAACCCGGUCUUAUAUGUGUGUGCGGCAUGGCCUUCUUCUUGUCUCACCUUCCCCAUCCUCCAGGGCAUAUUUCUGACGAUUACCUGUGAAGUAUGUUCUCGCUUUGAGGUAUGGUUGGGCCCAGCCUCCGUGGCGUCUUCAUUCCGACGCCUCCCUCAUACUCAUCUUGGUAUAGUUGCAGAUCCCCGACGUCGUUUCAGGUUGCGUGGCCAUCUUGGCCGGCCUAAAUAAGCUAGCAGGAAGGCGUAACUGAGACUAUUCUGCGUUCUUCUCCAUCCACCCUCGGACAAUAAAGCUGAUUGCGAUCGUAAGCUCUUGCCUCUGUCGGUACGGAACCCGGACUAAAAUCCCUAUGGCUGUGACGUAGGAGCUUUCCUUCCUCCGUGAGGCGAUAUAAUGCACUCUAUUUCUACGGUGCAUCCGAGUGGAAUUCAGAGCAAACCCGGAACGCCUGUACCCAUGGCUGUCGAACCUCCUCGAACUCGGACAUCUGUUGCGUCUUCAUGGGCUUCCGACAGAAGUUCAUUACCACCCCCAUACGAGCUAUAUGACCUCUACCCUCCAGUGCCCGUCGCAGCAACCGAUUCACUCCGCAGUCAUUCUUCGCAGACAGAGCCUCCUCGCCACACCGCUCCCGGGAGUCCCAGGAGUCCCAGGAAACAGGCUGGGAACCUCUCGAUUCCUCACCUCCGAGAAGCUUUGAACAGUCUAGAGUCCAAGAUGGCCACACUCUUGAGCGAGCGCGACAUACUUGAAUCACGUCUUGAGCAAGCCGUGCGAUUGCAGUCGCCCGUGCAACGCCUGCCUAAUGAACUAUUAGCGUCCAUCUUCAUCCAAGGCGUCUUGGAUAUGGAGGAGGAGGAUUCCCUCAUGCUCUCCAGCCUCAUGCUCGUUUGUCGAUAUUGGAAGGAGGUUGCCAUCAAUACUCCGAUAUUAUGGUCCCGGGUCGUAGCUGGCACGCGCCAUUCUCUUGGGAAGGUGAGGCGCAAACUGGAGCGCUCGAAAUCUGUUCCACUACACGUCUGUGUGGAUUUCAGUCCGAGGGUCGACAAUGAGAAUGUUUCGACCGCGAAUAUAAUCCUCGCAAUGGAUCUUCUACAAACAUCGAUCUGGCGAUGGAAGUCUUUUCGUUUGACUGUGCCGAAUCGUCCUCAGGCACAUGCUGCUCUCACUCGGUGUCAGGAGGAGGCGCCCCUUCUCGAGAUUCUCUCUAUACGCAUUCUCCACUCCAUGCAAGAAGAUCAUUUUCCUCACAGAGCACCUUUGCCAUUAUUCGAAGGUCGUACGCCGUGUCUUAAAUCGUGCUCUUUCACAUCAUUCAACUUUGGUUGGGACAUGAAACUCCUUUCCCGGCUUCGAGUACUGAAAUUGGGCGGAUAUUGGAAUGGGUUUUCACCUUCUGUUGAUACGAUCCUUGGCAUCCUCAAGGCGUGUCCCUCAUUAGAGGAAUUCGCCUUACGCAAUAUGUCUGACGUGGACCCCGAUUCGUGUUCAAUGCCCGAACCGGAUCACUCAGAGCAUGAACGGACUAGCGAUUCCAGGAUAAUUCGUCUACAACGACUUCGGAAGCUGUCGUUCUACUACGCAGGGAUCGUACGAACUCGUACAAUCAUGAGCCUGCUCUCUUUCCCAGCUUUGGAGACAAUCGAGUUAUCUUUCCUGGACAAUGUUUCACCAGUGAUCGAGCAUCUUCGUAGGCAAUCGCUAACGUCCCUUCCUCUGCGGCGUAUGCGUAUCGAAUCCUGCUUUUUCAACGAGUUAAAGAUGGUACGCCUGUUGCGGAGGCUACCGUCAAUCACUAUGCUUGAAUUUAUCGAUGCAGAGGACGCCACUUCAAAUCUAUUGAAGACUUUGUCGACACCUCCAACUGCUCAGACGUGGAUAUGCCCAAGGCUAACGUCUCUGGCUCUGGAGGGCUGCACAAAUAUGGAUUGGGAAGCCCUUCGUACAUUCGUGGAAUCUCGGCUUCCCGCACAUGCUCGGGCGUAUCCAACACAAUUGAUUUCUUCGGCCAGCGCAGUCCCGACACAAUGUCAGGCUUCGAAUCAGUUGGGUCCUUCAACCACGUUCACAUCGUCUGCCUCAGCAUUUGCCGCCAAGGCACACAUUCUUGCCCAUAUACCCGCGACAACACAUGCGAAGAUGAUGUCUGACUCCGUUGGCUGGCCAUUGCGCUUGCAAUCGAUUGACCUUACACGGUGUCAUCAAAUAAGUAAAGAAAUGGUCCAAUGGUUACGGAUGUACGUUGCCCAAGUUCGGUGCGAGAUAGCUGCAGGUAUCUGGGGAGAAGCCUCAACGACAUAGGUUUGUGAUUGAACUUUGAACUUUGUGUCAUCAUCAUAGAAUGUAUGUUUAUUCAUUUGACUUCAAGUUGAGCAUGUCUCUUGAUACCCUCUUACUUCUCUACGUGCAUAUAUUUAUGCUUGGUUUAUUGGUUUCCUUUGCCAUCUCCUUCAUCCAGGACUUGUAACCGAUAUCGUACUAGUGUAUCUAUAAGGAGUCGAAUGACUUCCGAGCCACGUCUAGCCAGGAACCGUGUCCGAAUCUUAAUGUUUUGACGGGCGCCUAUGUAUCAUCUGUGACGAUUGCAGCUACCUUCACCAUCCUGCCAUCCAGCACUAGCGGCAGCUGACUCCCUAGGCCUCUUUCUCUUACCCGUCCUUGAGCGUAUGUCUGUAUCAUGGCGACUGUAACACACUAUAUCUACUCGCACUACGAUCCUAAAGACCGUUCCAAGCUCGAGAGACAAACAGGACAAGUUGAAAGUGGAGUUUCAGAAGAGGUCC